GAAGUAGGUUCCGUGCUGUGCGCUUAGAACUUUGGCAAGAAUUAAAUUUGUGCUGUGCUUCCGCGUUCCAAGCCAGCGGUGUCAGCAGCCAGUCAAUGCCACCGAUAUAGUCGGGAAAUCGAAGACGAUCUGAGUUGGAAAUCCAUCUGCUGGGUCCCUACACUUUGCAGGAUCUCUGCAGAGCAUCGUUUGGUUCAUCGCAUGCUUCACCAGCUGGUGAGAGCCCCUGGGUGACCACAGGAACCCAUCCAAAGGCCCAGAGAGAGGAUCUGGAGUUUGCAUUCCAGCAGCCUUUAUUCUCAGCUUGGCUGAAACUCUUAGGAAUAGAAGAGGAGAUAGUUCCUCCUCAGUAAUUCCCAAAUCUGGCCGUCAAUCAGAGUCCUUGAAGAAGAGCCUCUGAAAAUACCAGAUCCAGACCAGCGGCCACGGGCAGCAGGCACCAUGUUCGGCUCCAGCCGCGGUGGCGUGCGCGGGGGACAGGACCAGUUCAGCUGGGAGGAUGUGAAGACCGACAAGCAGAGGGAGAACUACUUGGGCAACUCGCUGAUGGCCCCGGUGGGCCGCUGGCAGAAGGGCCGCGACCUCACCUGGUACGCCAAGGGCCGCGCGGAGGGCGCGGGUGUGAGCCGGGAGCAGGAGCUGGCGGCCGUGAGGCAGGCGGAGCAGGAGGCGCUCAUGGCGGCGCUAGGCUACAAGAACGUGAGGAAGCAGCCCACCGGCCUGAGCAAGGAGGACUUUGUGGAGAUCUGCAAGCGCGAAGGAAGUGACCCCGAGGAGAAGGGGGUGGACCGGCUCCUGGGCCUGGGGAGCUCCAGUGGCUCCGCAGGCCGAGUGGCCUUGUCCCGAGAAGACAAGGAGGCCGCCAAGCUGGGGCUCCCGGUGUUCACGCACCACGGCGUGGAGAGCAGUCGGCCAGGGGCCUCCCCAGCCAGGAAGAAGCCCAGGCCUGAGGAGAAGGCGGAGCAGGGCCCCCCGAGUCACAAGAAGAGCAGGAAAGAGAAGAAGAAAAAGAAGAAGCACAAGAAGGAGAAGAAGAGAGAAAAGGAGCACAGAACCGAGGCAGCUUCCUCACCGUCCCAGGCUCCUGCCAGGGCCCACCACCGCAGGCACGGCUCCGACUCCUCGCCCAAGAGGAGGCGAAGGCACGACAGUGACUGAGGCCCAGCCCGCCAGGCCCCUGCCAGGCCCAGAGAACUGGAGGCCAGGCUUAUGGAGGCCCUGCCAGGCCUGUAAGCAGACAAGGUGUCCAGGGGAGGCCUUACCCCCAAAUGGCCCCAGGCUCACCAGGGGAGGACACACUGUCCAGGAGGUUCACCUGCUUCAGGCUCGAAGUACUGCUGCUUCUAUUUUUCUUUGUGUUUACUCACCCUUAGUACUUAAAUAAACUUAUUUUAAGAUGGAAAAGCCCUGGCCAGUUUGGCUCAAUGGUUAAAGAGCAAGCCUGUGGACCAGUUAGUCCCGAGUUUGAUCCUGGUUAAGGGCACAGACCUUGGGUGUGGUUCGUCCCUGGCCCUGGUUGGGGUUGUGUGGGAGGCAACCAGUCCAUGUGUCCCUCUGACAUUGAUUUUUCUCUCUCCCUCCCACUCUAUCUGAAGAUAAAUGGGAAAAUAUCCUGGGGUGAGAAUUUUUUUAAAAAGAUGGAUAAAAAAAUACAAGUUCCUAGGCAACACCCUGAAGGUUAUUCACUUGUAAUUUAUUGUGCAUACAUUUAUUGAACACUUACAGUAUAACAGGUCCUAUUCUAGGUCCUGUAUACGAAUUGUUGAUUCCUUAAAGCCCCACAACUCUGUGGUAGGUACUACUGUUUUGAGAUGAGAUAGAGGCCAGUGAAGUUCCUGCCUGAGCUUUUGCAGCUAGGGAAUGGCAGGGCUGGGAUUCAAACCCAGGCUGUCUGCCUCUAAGACACACAUCCUUAACACUGCUGCCUCUUGGUCAAUUGAGAAUGUGACACAUGCAGUGUACUUGCUCCUCAUCUACUUCAGAUCUUAGUAUAAAACCCUAUGUUGCCUGGCCCAUGUGGCUCAGUGGUUGAGUGUUGACACAUGCACUGAGAGGUCACUGGUUUGAUUCUGGUCAGGGCACAUGCUCCAGUU